CCUGUCAGCGGCUGCCCCGGGCCCUGUCCCAGCCGCUGCCCCUCCGGCGGUGAGAGCCCUGGGCUCCGCGGGUCCGUGCGGGCUCCGCUGCCCGUCACCCUGAGCUCCGCCGGCUGCGCCUGCUGGCGGGGAAAGGGGCUGCUUGGUCGCCCGGCCUGGGCCGUGGGCGGCGGGGGGGGCGCCUGGCUUGAGCCUCCCCGGGGCCCGCAGAGCCUUCUGACGCGCCGUGGCACGGCCUGGCCCUCUGGCGAAGAUAAUCAUCCUCUCAGUGUCGUUUGGUUUUCUCUGGAUGUUGACAAAUGUGUGGAUCAGCAAGUGCCUCUUCUGUUAAACUGUGUAGGUUUUCUUACAAAUAUUUCAGUGGUGCUUUUACCUUACAAAUCAUUGCAAGACCAAAGUGGAUACUUUGCUAGUAAUACAUCACUCAUCAAUUGAUAUCUCUGGAAACAUCCUAAACUGUACGAAAAGUAUUGCAGAGAAUCAUGGCAGCUGUUGCUGUUAGGAAGAAAGAAGUCAUUAGAGAUCUAGAUCAUUGUGAUAUCCCAUACUAUGUUUCUGAAUUUGUGGAAAGAGAAGUGGGAAAUGACUAUGAUUCUCUGAGGAAGCUGGACAACCUUAUUGAUAAGCUGACUGCAAAUAAGAAGCAGUUAGAAGAACAGGUACUUACAGUUUCAUCAGAAGUCCCUAAAAGAAUUCAGAAUGCCUUGAAGAAUGCAGAAGAUUCUAAAAAGUCUCUGAAUCGGCUUUUAGAGGAAGAAACUAUUCUGUCUGAUUCAAUCAGUACCCACUUGUUGAAAGCUCAGCCAUGGAUGGAGGAUCUCGACGUACUCAUUAGUCAAGUAGAAGAGAUUGAACGACACCUGGCCUAUCUUAAAUGGAUUUCACGAAUAGAAGAGUUAAGUGAUAGCAUUCAGCAGUAUCUGAUGACUAACAAUGUUCCAGAGGCAGCCAGUACUCUAGCAUUCAUGGCAGAACUGGAUAUUAAACUUCAGGAGUCAUCUUGUACUCAUCUUCUUGCUUUUGUGAGAUCCACUGUUAAAUUCUGGCAUAAAAUUCUUAAAGACAAAUUGUCAAGUGACUUUGAAGAGGUACUAACCCAGCUCCGCUGGCCAUUUGUGGGGCCACCACAGUCUCAGGCAUUUGGCCUUGCUGCACCAGCCAGUGCUCCUGAUGUAUACAACAAUUUGGAGAUGUUGUUUUGUCAGCUUCUGAAAUUGCAAACUUCAGAUGAACUGUUAACCAAACCUAAACAAUUGCCAGAGAAGUACUCCUUACCCCCUUCGCCACCCAUUAUUCUUCCGAUACAGAUCAUGCUGAAUCCUCUUCAGAAAAGAUUCAAGUAUCAUUUCACUGGAAAUAAGCAAACCAAUGUCUUAAACAAGCCUGAGUGGUAUUUAACACAAGUACUUAUGUGGAUUGGAAAUCAUUCAAAGUUCCUCGAUGACAAAAUCCAACCAAUACUGGACAAGGCAGGAUCUUCAGUGAAUGCUGGGCUUGAAUUCUCUCGUGCUCUAGUAAUGUUGAUUUUGGAGAAGCUGGCUGCUGAUAUUCCAUGCAUGUUGUAUGACGACACACUGUUUUGUCACCUUGUGGAUGAGGUACUUCUGUUUGAGAGAGAGUUGUACAGCGUUCACGGUUAUCUCAGCACAUUUCCCAGUUGCAUGCAUAUUCUGUCAGAAGAAUCCUGCUUCCAAAGGUGGCUAACAGUGGAAAAAAAAUUUGCUCUUCAGAAAAUGGACUCUAUGCUUUCAUCAGAGGCUGCGUGGAUAUCGCAAUACAAAGAUAUCACUGACGUAGAUGAAAUGAAAGUCCCAGACUGCGCUGAAACUUUUAUGACUCUACUGUUAGUUAUAACAGAUAGGUAUAAGAAUCUUCCAACAGCUUCCAGAAAACUGCAGUUCCUGGGCCUACAGAAGGAGUUAGUUGAUGAUUUCAGAAUUCGAUUAACUCAAGUAAUGAAGGAAGAGACUAGAGCUUCUUUAGGCUUCCGAUACUGUGCAAUCCUUAAUGCUGUUAACUAUAUAGCAACAGUGUUGGCAGACUGGGCUGACAAUGUAUUCUUCUUGCAGCUGCAGCAGGCUGAGCUGGAAGUUCGUGCAGAAAGUAAUGCUGUCAGUAAACUACAGCUAGGGCAGCUGGCUUCGAUGGAGAGUUCUGUCUUUGAUGAAAUGAUUAACCUCCUGGAACGCUUGAAACAUGAUAUGCUCACUCGUCAAGUAGAUCAUGUCUUCAGAGAGGUCAAAGAUGCUGCAAAGCUGUAUAAAAAAGAGAGGUGGUUGUCUUUACCAUCUCAAGCAGAGCAAGCAGUGAUGUCCUUAUCGAGCACAGCUUGCCCAAUGUUGUUGACCCUACGAGACCGCUUGCUACAACUAGAACAGCAGCUCUGUCACUCACUGUUCAAAAUUUUCUGGCAAAUGCUUGCAGAGAAAGUGGAUAUAUACAUCUAUCAGGAAAUAAUUAUGGCAAAUCAUUUCAAUGAAGGAGGAGCAGCACAACUCCAGUUUGACAUGAGUAGAAAUCUGUUCCCUUUAUUUUCGCACUACUGCAAGAGGCCAGAAAACUACUUCAAGCACAUAAAAGAAGCUUGUAUUAUCUUGAACCUGAAUAUUGGCUCUGCCUUGCUGCUGAAGGAUGUACUACAGUCAGCUUCAGAAAAUGAAACAUUAAAACCAAACCAGCCAUCUGCAACAGCGGCACUAAAUGAACUUGGAGUUUAUAAAUUAGCUCAAAAGGAUGUUGAGAUUCUUCUCAAUUUGAGAGCUAGUUGGCCAAAUACAGGAAAAUAAAAGACUUCUUCAGAAAUGGUUAA